AUGCGCACACUCUUCCUCCUAGCACUUUUGACGGUUCUUCCAACAUGCCAUGGCAUUGAUCCUCCCAACUCCAAAUCAAACCCCUCGAGAUUGUGGUACGACACUCCUGCUAGUCUCUGGAACGAAUCUCUGCCCAUUGGAAAUGGGAGGCUUGGGGGAAUGAUCAAGGGGGUAACUGGAACUGAACUCAUCUACAUCAACGAAGACUCGUUCUGGAGCGGCACCUCACUCGACCGAGUCAAUCCAGACGCCAAAGACACGCUUCCAAAGGUGCAGUCACUUCUCGCCCAGGGAAAUGUUAAAGAUGCUACCUUUGAAGCCAAUCUGGGACUAUCAGGUGUACCCUCCAGCAUGCGAAUGUACCAGCCUGGAGGAGACUUUCAAAUCUACUUCCAAAACCAAGGGUCAGCUACCAAGUAUGAAAGAUGGCUCGACCUCAGCGACGGCACGGCAGGUGUCUACUACGAAGCGAAUGGUGUCUCGUAUCAGCGCGAGUACCUUGCUAGCAAGCCGGCAGACGUCAUGACCGUUCGGCUCACCACUUCAAAGCCGGGCUCCUUAAGCUUUUACAUUAAAUUUCAACGACCUUCGAAUCAGCAGAAUCGGUUCGUGGAAACAGCUUACGCCGAAAACGGAGACACUAUUAUCUCGACUUUCAACUCGAAUCAGAUCAAGGCGGUUUUUGGUGCUCGGAUUGUCAUUAAGGGCGGAUCUAAGCGUCAAAUUGGCGAUCAAAUUGUCGUAACCAACGCGGACGAAGCCUUGAUAUACAUCGACAUGCGAACUACUGUGCGGGAACACGACCCUCUAUCAACAGUUCGAAAGACACUCGCCAGGGCCGUGUCUUCCUCUUACUCGCAAACUCGCGAAAGCCAUGUGAGCGACUACCAAAAGUUAUACGAGCGAGCGAGUCUAUCCCUUGGCACUUCGAGCGAUGAGCAAAAGGCCUUGACCACAGCCAAAAGACGCCAGGCCCUAGCCCAAGGCGACUUUGAUCCCGAACUCUUUAGUCUCUACUUUCAGUUUGGGCGAUACUUGCUUAUUUCUUCAUCACGUCCUGGAACCUUGCCUGCGAACCUCCAAGGAAUCUGGAACAAUGCCCUAGACCCCUCUUGGGGCUCCAAGUAUACGAUCAACAUCAACAUUCAGAUGAACUAUUGGCCAGCAGAGAUCACGAGUAAGCCUCCUGUCAACUUCAACUUCUCCAGUAGUCCUAAUAAAGCACCAGAUCUAGCCGAUUUGACUGAGCCUCUAUUCACUCACAUGAAGCUCAUGCACAAGACGGGCAAAGAAGUAGCACGCAACAUGUACAAUGCCCGCGGUUGGGUCGCCCACCACAACACCGACAUAUGGGGCGAUGCCGCACCCCAGGAUAUUUACGCACAAGGAUCAUACUGGCCCAUGGGACACGCUUGGCUCCUUCAGCACGUUUUCGAUCAUUACCUCUACACUGGGGACAAAGACUUCCUCAAAGAGAACUACUAUCUGUUCAGAGACGCGGUGCAGUUCUACGAGGAUUUCCUUUCAGACUACAAAGGUUGGAAGGUGACCAAUCCAUCCGUUUCUCCAGAAGCCUCUUACAAGAAUGGAAGCAACUCUGGUGCAAUGACAGUUUCAGCAACCAUAGACAACUCGAUCUUGCGCGAGCUGUUCGGAAACUUUGUGCAGGCGGCCAAGGUCUUGAGCAAAUCACAAGACGAAUUGGUCAAGACUGCCGACUCUUUGAGUAAAAGUCUUCCUCCCCUGCAAGUCUCUCCGAGAAUGGGUACCCUCAUGGAGUGGAUUGAAGACUUUGAAGAGGCAGAUCCAGGACAUCGCCAUCUGUCUCCCCUCUAUGGCCUGUAUCCGGGGUCCGAGAUCACGCCAGAGAAUCCCAAGAUCUGGGAGGCGUCCAGGAAACUCGUAGAGCGGCGUGCCUCGCAUGAUGCUGGCAGCAUGGGAUGGUCUCGUGCUUGGCUUGCAGCCUUACGAGCCCGACUAGGCCAGGGCAAGAACCUUGAAGUUGACAUGACUCACCUCCUCUUCAAUCUUACUUACGACAGUCUCCUCAACAUGGGACCUCCUGCAGGAUUUCAGAUCGAUGGCAACUUCGGCGGCUGUGCAGCCAUUGCCGAGUCACUCUUAUCAAGCAGCAACGGCGUGAUACAUAUUCUCCCUGCUCUAAUGCCAUCCUCAAAACGAGGAGCUUUCAAUGGCUUCGUGACAAAGGGUGGGUUUGUGGUUGAUGCUGAAUGGAAGGAUGGUGCCCUUACCAAGGCAUCGAUCACGAGCAUGCUUGGGAAUGCUCUGAACGUGACGAUUGGGACAGGCCAAACGAUAUCAGAGGCUACUACGGGGAGUAAAUCUUCAGGGAAGGGCAGUAAAUUCUUUUCAAAGAAACUCAAGUCUGGCGAAACAGUCCACUUGCUUGGUGGCAACUCAGGUUAG